AUGGCAUUUUCGCUGAAGGAACGUGUAACCAAAACUUCAAACCUCGAAGGUGCAAUCCAACCAAAAGUUCUUAAGUUCAAGAGUGAAGUCUUAUUGGUCGUUCUGAAGCAACUAAAGAUCUUAAGCAAAUGUUGCAAUAAUCUAUUGAAGGAAAGCAAUGCAACGUGCAGAGAGGUUAUGCGACAAAAAAUUGGUAGAGAAUGGGUGAAGUUGGGAUAUGGUUGGAUAAAUACUUCUUUACGAGAGUUUCGAGGCGUUUGCUCUCCAGCAUCUCAUCUCCCGAUCAUCUCAGCUCUUCAGCAUCUCAUCUCCCGAUCAUCUCAGCUCCCCAGCAUCUCAUCUCCCGAUCAUCUCAGCUCUCCAGCAUCUCAUCUCCCGAUCAUCUCAGCUCUUCAGCAUCUCAUCUCCCGAUCAUCUCAGCUCUCUAGCAUCUCAUCUCCCGAUCAUCUCAGCUCUUCAGCAUCUCAUCUUCCGAUCAUCUCAGCUCUCCAGCAUCUCAUCUUCAGAUCAUCUCAGCUCUCCAGCAUCUCAUCUCCCGAUCAUCUCAGCUCUCCAGCAUCUCAUCUCCCAAUCAUCUCAGCUCUUCAGCAUCUCAUCUCCCGAUCAUCUCAGCUCUCUAGCAUCUCAUCUCCCGAUCAUCUCAGCUCUUCAGCAUCUCAUCUUCCGAUCAUCUCAGCUCUCCAGCAUCUCAUCUCCCGAUCAUCUCAGCUCUCCAGCAUCUCAUCUUCCAGACAUCUCAGCUCUCCAGCAUCUCAUCUCCCGAUCAUCUCAGCUCCCCAGCAUCUCAUCUUCCGAUCAUCUCAGCUCUCCAGCAUCUCAUCUCCCGAUCAUCUCAGCUCCCCAGCAUCUCAUCUUCCGAUCAUCUCAGCUCCCCAGCAUCUCAUCUCCCGAACAUCUCAGCUCUUCAGCAUCUCAUCUCCCGAUCAUCUCAGCUCUCAGCCCAUCUCCUCAUCCAGCUCUCCAGAUCUCAUCUUCCGAUCAUCGGCUCUCCAGCUCUCAUCUCCGCAUCUCAGCUUUCCACAUCCAUCUUCCGACAUCUCACUCCCAGCAUCUCAUCUUCCGAUCAGUCAGCUUCCAGCAUCUCAUCCCCGAUCAUCAGCUCCCCACAUCUAUUUCCGAUAUCAGCUCUCCUGCACUCUCUUCCGAUAUUGCUCUCCAGCAUCUCAUCUUCUGAUCAUCUCAGCUUUCCAGCAUCUCAUCUUCCGAUCAUCUCAGCUCUCCUGCAUCUCAUCUUCCGAUCAUCUCAGCUCCCCAGCAUCUCAUCUUCCGAUCAUCUCAGCUCUCCAGCAUCUCAUCUUCCGGUCAUCUCAGCUUCCCAGCCUCCAAAGCUUUUCAUCCGGAGCAUCUCAACAUCACCGGCUCCGAAACAGGCAAGCAUCCCCCCCGCAGUUACAUUCCUUGCUAAAUUAUGGGACGCCCCAUCAUGAGCGGUCCUGA